AUGAAAGCCGUGUGCUUAGGUUUGGAAUUGAAAUACAAUAGAUCGAAUGUGGAAUACUUUGGUUUGGUACCAGGAGAAUCUUCCAUGAUGAUGAUAAACUCAACCAAGUGGUUUAAAAACAUCUUUUUGGACAAUCGCAUUGAGAACGCGGGCUCAAACAGAACCAUUUACAAUAUCAAAAACCUGGCCAUCUGUAACUUCUUAAAUAAUCGCUUGAUGUCCAAGGUUUACUCGGUGAUCUAUGAAGGAUUUGUUGGCAAUUCCACGGUAUUUAGAUGCCCCGUCCAGCCAGGUGUCUACUACCUGAGCAAUAGUGUCAGAGAAGUCGAGGUGCCCAUGUUUCAUCCACCUGGAAUGUUUCGAUUGUAUGUCAAACUAAAGGCUGAAAAGGAGGGCAAUAUGCUUACAGAGCUCAACUGGCGAUAUCGUGUUAGGCGUAUAUGA